AUGAAGCUUCAACUGCUUGCAACCUCGCUCGCCGCCUCCCUCGUCGGCGCGAGCUGGACCAAGAACAUCAACUACCGGUCACCUUCGGAACACCAUCCUUCGCUGGGUAUUGCCAUCCACAAGGUCGUCAAGCGAAACGACUACCAGACCUCUUGGAACCCGUCUCACUUGAACUUCACCCACGGUGUUGCUUCUGGCGAUCCCUACCCGAACAGCGUCAUUCUUUGGACGCGUAUCAGUCCUACGAGCGACAACGACAGAUCCAAUGUCACCGUCUCUGGAUACGUUCAGCUGUACGAUCACGACGACGAGAAGUUUGUCUCCGUGUCCAAGGCGCCUGUGUGCCUAGAGUACAAGGUCUCCACAGACAAGCAGCUUGGAGACGUUGUAGAUUCUGGCAAGGUCUACACUUCUUCCGACGUUGACUACACGGUCAAGGUCGAAGCCAAGAAUCUCGAAGCCUACACAAACUACUAUUACCAGUUCAACGUGUGUAACUCCAAUAACACGAGCCCUGUCGGGAGGACCAAGACUACGCCCAAUGCCGACGACGACGUGACCAAGGUCGGCCUUGCAAUCUACUCGUGCUCCAAUUACCCAUUCGGAUUCUUCAACGCGUACGGUAACCCGGUGCGCAAAGACUCCAUCGACUAUGUCGUGCAUCUUGGCGAUUACAUCUACGAAUAUAAGAACGGUGACUACGGCUGGGGCCAAAGCAUUGGCCGCGUACCGCAGCCUGAUAAGGAGAUCUUCUCGCUAUACGACUACAGGAAGCGUCUCGCAACCUACCGCACCGAUAUUGAUCUCGUCGCUAGCCACCAGCAGUUCCCCUGGAUUAAUGUCUGGGACGACCAUGAGGUGGCAGACAACACGUACCGCGAUGGCUCUUCUGAGCUCAACAACACCGAGUCUUCUUUCGUCCAAGACGGUGGCGUCUCGGUGGAUCAGCGUAAGAUGAACGCUGUUCGUGCAUAUUUCGAGUGGAUGCCCAUCCGCCAGGUGGAGAUGGACGACAACCUCCGCAUCUGGCGCAGCUUCAGCAUUGGAAAGCUGCUUGACCUUGUCAUGUUGGAUACACGUAAUUACGACCGUUCUAUCACGGACCUGUACUGGAACACCGACUACGUCCACGACAUCUCCAACGAUGCAGGACGUUCUCUCAUGGGCAGUCGUCAAGAAAACUGGUUUUACGGACAGCUAUCCAAGUCCGCGCAGAGAGGUGCUACAUGGCGUGUGAUCGGAUCUCAGAUCGUUUUCAGCCGCAUCAACGAGUCCGCUGCUUUCGGCGACGAGAAUCCGCUCAAUUAUGAUUCCUGGGAUGGCUACAUGUCGAACAAAAACCGCACGCUCAACCACCUGUACAGCAACAACAUCGGUAACAACAUCUUCCUCGCCGGUGACAGCCACGCAUCGUGGGUCUCCGACCUUGCCUGGCUCGACGAGAAGCCCUACGAUAAAGAGACUGGUGAGGGUGCUAUCGGUGUCGAAUUUGCAGGCACUGCCGUGACCUCUCCUUGCCCCUAUGGCGCCAACAUUUCGCUCUCGACAGCCAACAACUACUCCUCUAUUUUGCAGAACUCCAACGACGAACUGCAGUGGCAAGAUCUGUACUAUCGUGGAUACUACGAGUUGCACAUCAGCGGUGAAGAAGUUGUAGCAAACUUCUUUGGCUUGCCGACCGUGGUGCAGCGCAAUGGCUGGGAGAUUCCGAUUGCGAACUUCACAGUCAAGGCGGGCGCGAACAAGCUGCAGCGACCUGUUGGUGGAGGGGUGGUGGAGAGUGGAAGUCUGAAAGGCGGAAAGACUGUGCAAACUAAUGCUACCAUCGACACAAACAAUGGGACGUGGUUUGUGAGCCACGCGCCCUUGGAGGUAUUGUGA